GGAAAGAAUCUUUACUGCUUUACAGUUCUUGCGACUCUGCAUCCGUAAAUCCCCAUUCUUUUAUCUACCCCGUGAUUGAGUGAGGUUGGCGGCUGACACGUACAUCUGUUUCAGCUCUGUACCUCCAUGCUCCUAAUGCGCUCUGCAUAGGAACAGCCUUUCUCGCCCUCCAGAGCACCGCCAUCAUGGUUGUUGAUGAACGAGAUGACCCUCUUGUCAAAGCCCUCCCACCCGAAACAGAUUACCUGACUUAUCUCACCAUCCUAGAAUACCAAUUGACGCGGGAACGCCUGCCGAUUCUCCACAAUCUUCUCCAAGAUGAAAAGCUGACGGUAAAUAUUGGCUGGGACCUGGUCCAACUGCUUCUCCCUAUGAUGCCGGCGUCUCAAGAAUGCCUACAGGAUGUGGCCAGGCUAGGGAACCCGCGAGAGGUUAUUUUGCGGGUUUGUAAUUCAUUGAUGAAGUUGGAGCCCGUGCAGGACGAGGAUGGAGAUGAUGGGGACGGAGAGGACGACAGGAGACUCAGUGAAGCCGUUGGAGAGGUUAAACUGGAGGAGAAACCCCAUAUGAACGAUGACGACGAAAAUUCAGACGAUAAAUUAUCAGCGGCUACCUCCAACGUGCCCGUCCACGUCCUGCAAUUCAACUGUCUCCUUUCCAUGCUCUCAGUCCUCCACUCCCGCAUCCAGACCAGAUACCCCAGCCGUUUUGUUGCUACCUCCCUCCAAGCCGUGCUGGAAGCAUACACUGCAUUCCCAACUGUGGAAACGACAGCCGCAGUGCUAGAAUUCUUCAGAGACAUAGCGGGAAAGAAACGUCCCCGUCUCCCGCCGCGGAAUACGAGCGAAUCAAUAUUAUUGACGCAGAGUACGCAAGAGACUGCUGCGCCGGAUCCCGAAGCUGAAUCGCAUCCCGGAACUGUAGGGUCUGAGGAAAGCGCUUUGAUCAAUAGACUUAUGCAGUUUGGUCUCAUUGAGCUUUUGAAAACAUACCUUCUACAUUGCGUGAAUGCAGCGCCUGCUGGCAUGCAGUGGGCACUUCGGCUACAGGAGAAACUGGAUACUAGGAACCAGAUGCACUCCUCUCUAAGCUUAAUUGGGGCGUUUGGGAAGGAGGAAUAUUUGAAAGAGCGCGAUAUGACCGUUGGGAAGAUUAUUGCACUUUCACGAGAUUUUGGCAUAGAAACAAAUGAACUGCUGGAUAUCAUUUCCAAGCCUGGUGACCAGCAGCCACCUCCUCUAGACUUUGAAGAAACUCCGAAACACGCGGAAGAUAUCCACCUUCAAAGACACGGUUGUCUCCUGCUGCUGGCAGCGCGGUCUGCGGCUGAUAAACUGCUCUCGUCAGGCCAGCCAGUAAAAGCUAUUCCAGUCUUCCCUGAUCUUGCCGCCAUAUAUUCACAUUUCCUCGGCGAAGGUGAAUCUCCAUAUUCAGUUGUGAUGGAAGAGCCCGAAGCUCUGGUCGAUUCGCUCUGUUCGCUGGCCGUCAUUGCGAGUUCUAACCCAUCUUCAUCUCCUCCAAACGAAACUGAAUUUACCCAAUUCAUCAUCCAGCUCACGGCUUGUAUCCGUGCGCCUGGUUUCCGCAGUUUUAGCCGGAUGGAGCGCGUUCCGUCAACAAUAUUUCACAGCAACCCCGACCCAGUCGUCCGGUUUAAUCUCAUCCGACAAAUUCUCGAGGACGAGGAUUUACAAUACGCCCGAGAACCAGCAAUAGGAUGGCUCAAGGAGGAUCUUCUAGCAGCAACAACGCCAAACGUACACCCUGAUCAGAAAGAAAACCCCUUCAUUGACCCCACUCACUUCGCCAUCCUCUUCCCACGCAUCUACGAACCCAUCCCGGAUGACUGGCUUUCGCUCGGGACCGCCAAAACCGACCACCUCAUCAACACCUGGCUGACAUUUACGCAGCAUCUACUUCCCUACCAUCUCGCCAUCCUGAAUCUGUACUAUUUCCUCACCCAGUCCGCAACCCUCUACAAACAGCUACAGAUACAGGAACUCCACCCGGCCUUCGAGUCCAAGUUCCUCGUUCCGCUGAGGACGUUCGCGCAGCAGAUAUCGACGGACGCGGAGAUCAAGGCUCGGGUUGAGAUGGAGAUUGGCAACGAGGCGGAGCAGGUUGGCCAAGGUGCAGCGGAGUUGAUGUUACAUAUCAUUGGGGAGAUUGAAGAUGCCUCGGCUGGCUUGUUGGUAAACGUCGGGCAGGAGGGGUCAUCCAACUGAAUACUUUCGAGUAUCAUCUUGCUUACAAACGACUCCAAUAAAGUCCAAAUUUUGCUAGUUGGGUUUCUUCAUCAAGUUUGUCAGUUGUUAGUUUAUUUUUCUUAACGUUUAUGGGUUCAUUUUAUUGUCCAGGUCUGUCGCCUCAACUCUCUGUAUUAUAACCUGCUUCUUUUAAAUUUGGCAGCUAGUCAUACAGAUACGGGUAUAACAGAGGUUUUAACUGCUUCCACG